AUGCGAAUACUCGGUGAUACUCCGAAAAUUAUUCUUGACCCUGAAGAUUAUUUAGGGUCUAUACGCCCCUUUGCCACACAGGUCCAGGAUUGUCUUCAUGAAUACAGUGCAGAUAAUGAGACUUGUUUCGUCACCGUCACCGUCAAUAUCCACCCCGGCAAGCACUCCUAUUUCGUGGUCGAUCUCAACAUUACCGAUUAUGACUACCAGACGGCCCCUGAAUGCGAGACUCUGAUACCCGUCUAUAUCCUUCCCCUGUCGAAAAGGAACAUCAUGCACAAUGCCAUGGUCAAGACCCUCUACCUUUGUCUGACAAUCAUCGUGACGAGAGUUGACAAUACGGCAACCCGCGCGCAACCUCCAACGUUGAAGUUUAAGUAUGCCACUGACGAUGCAUUCGACAUUUCCGAGAAUGAGGCUCCCGGUGAAACGGCUACAGACCUCAGAGGUCUUUGGCGAGAGGCAUAUAAGCAUCUCACGUGCGACCCAAACACAACCAAAGUAAUCAAAGCUUAUCAGCUCGCCCUUUUGGAGGACAGCAGAGAGGACAAGGAUGCCGAGGAAGGGGAUUUUGACAUCAGUCCGCGUCUUUGCUCGGUGGUGGAGCGAAGAUUCGAGGACAUCCAGAAUUCUCGAACCAGAUUCCACCUCGGAGGAAAAGAGAUCAUUGUCAAAGAUCAGGUCGACCGCGUCGUGAAGUUACUUAUCUCGGUGCAAGGCCUCGUCACUACGGCAGUGGGUUCAGAGCCCCACGCCGCCCUCGCGUGGGCAGGAGCAUUGGUCCUCCUAGUCGGACCCAUCACCCGAACCCUCUCGCAGGAUGCAGAUGCUUCGAAUGGAUUUGAAUCCAUUACAAGGCUUCUGACCCUUUACGCGGUUGUGGAACAGAAUUGGGUCCAGAGAUAUUCCACGGCAGAAACGACCUCUCGGUCAAAGCAACAGGAGGCCCUGGCCCAAACCAUUAGAGCCCAGAUCAUCAAACUAUACGCCAAUAUCCUUCUCUUCCAAAUCCGCCUCGCGCGGCACUAUUCUCGUUCCAGUAUCUUCAGAAUUUUGGAAGAUCUGGCAGCCCCGGAAGACUGGAAGGGGAUGCUCCAGACGAUCGAGGGCCUGGACAAAGGAAUUCGACGCGACAUAGAAGCAAUGGAUAGCGCUACGUUUUUGGACUUGGACCAGCGCUUCGAGACGACCUCGCGCGAGUUGAAGAAAGAACUUGAGACAAUUGUGGAUAACCAGAUAUUCGACAGGUUGAAGAUUGCACCCGAAGCGGGAAUUGGGGCCGAGAAAAAUGACACCAAGGAUAAAUGCUUUGCAGGGACUCAGAUUGGCAUCCUCAAGAAGAUUCAUAACUGGAUUCAGUCCCCUGGGCCAGAACACAUCUUCUGGCUCUGUGGGGUAGCCGGUGGGGCUUUUUCUUCGACCGACAAGAAUGAGAGCCGGCAGAGCAAUGCCACCUAUCUCUUCCCCACUCUUUGCCAAUCGCUUGCGAAUUGUCUACCCGAGCUCAAGUCCGAGAUUCAUGAACUUGAUGGGUGUCAAUCUACGCACAACGAAGAUCCUGUCUAUACCAUAUUAGAACUGAUCAACGAAGCGCAUCAACUGCGCUCGAUUCGUCUGAAGUUUCUCCUCACCAGCCGCCCACAAAGCCAUAUCUUCUCAAGCUUUGACCAUGUGGUAACUGGAUCUCGUGGUUGCAAGCAGGCUAUUCAGGGGGCAGAAACACCUAUUGAUCUGGAAAUGUCUCAUCGUGAUAUCAAGAUGGUCCUCAAGCACAAAUUUGGCGAAGUAUCCCAGUGGCACCACUUUGGCUCAGAAUGGCCGGAGGAAGAGAAAUUGGAUUCUCUUGUCAAGAAAGCUGACGGGCUAUGGAUCUAUGCAUCUACAGCCUGGGGUUUCAUAUGUGACAAGAAAGCUAAAAAGGAGUGGAUCAAACCACGGUUGGAUCUGCUUCUGACGAACGACCGACAAUCAUUCGCAGCAAAUUGUGUGGAUGGGACAGUUCAUAUCCACAACACGGAGACCGGGGACCGGGUACACAGCCUGAAGAGGGGAGAGUCUCACCCCUGCGUGGUAACCUUCAGUCCAGACAGCAGUCUUUGCGCCGGCGCAGUCUACGACACAGAGUCUCCUGGCGAAAGUGAUAGUUACCUUGUCAAAGUCUGGGGGAGCAAUACUGGCGAGCUGCAGCCACCGUUGAAGGGGCAUGGUGGAGUGGUCUGUUGUCUAUCAUUCUCGCCAGAUGGUGAAUUCUUGGCCGGAGCGACAUCUCCCGAGAACUGCGUUUUAAUCUGGAAUUUGGCAUCGAAAGGUCUCGAAAUCAAGCUUGCAGUACCCUUUACGCCCGCUACCCCUAAUGACAGUGUUUUCCUUGCUCAAGACGGACGCCCUGUGGAACUCCUUCCUGACGACGACAGCAGCUUGGAAUCUUCUGACGACCUCGAAAGCGAUAUUACUCACAUUGUUUGGUCAUCGGAUGGGGUAUAUCUAGCAUGCAUAUGUGAGUGGGGCAGACUCUGGCUUUGGAAAACGGAUACUUGGACCUUGAUCCGGAGCACCAUAGCGGGAUUCAGACGAGAGGCGAAUCGCGCUCUUGCCUUCUCCCCGGAUGCCAGCUUGCUAGCUUCCACCUACAGCAGGGAAUAUGACUUAUCCGAGGGCAGAACAGACCUCUGGGACGUGCAGACGGGUAAGCUGAUCGGCACCCGGACGGUGGCAGCCUGUCCACAAACCCUGCGUUUCUCGGCCGACGGUGCAACCCUGGACACGAACGUCGGUCGAGUGGAUGUUCGAUCCUUCUAUUCCGGAUCGAGAUAUGCCUCUUCUCGUGAUCUAUUAGUGGAUGAUACAUGGGUGGUGGCUGGCAAGGAAAGGAUUCUGUUGCCCUUGGAGUACCGGGCUACGUGUGCCCUAGCCAGCGAUGAUCUUCUGAUCAUGGGCCAUGCCUCGGGUCAAAUAACCUUCCUCCGCGUCAAGGCACCCGAGGACUAA